AUGAUGGCUCUGCAAUCAACUUUAAUAUCCUGCUGGCUUUUGCUGCACAUCAACGACGCGGCCGGCAAGUCAGAUAUUGUCAGAAUAGGCGCAAUCUUCGAUGAGCCCAGCCUGCGGGAGGAGCAAGUUUUCCGCGCUGCAAUCGAGGCAAUCAACGGCAAUCGAAAGCUGUUGGCACACAGCAGAUUGUCGGCAAUUAUCGAGACUGUCAAACCUGGCGACUCUAUGGCAGCUUAUAAAAAAGCGUGCGCGAUGCUGCAGACCGGCGUAGCGGCCAUAUUCGCAGGGUCUACAGAUGGCGGCAGCGUACAGACUGCCUGCGACCAUCUGGAGGUGCCGCUGCUUAUGGCGCGCUGGCAGAACAGACGGCCGCCCUUUGCAAUCAAUCUCCACCCGCCCCCGUCAACCCUGGCAGCCGCGUACAGGUCGGUCCUACAGGCGCUGGGGUGGCAGGACUUGGUUGUCGUGUGCGACUCCAGCGAAGGACUCCUGCGGGUGAAGGAACUCCUUAAAGAUGACGCCUUCAGGGUCACGCUCAGGGACCUGCCUCGCGGCCUGGAUUACAGGGAGCUUCUGAAGGCAAUCAAGUUAUCAGGAAUUGUGCACAUCCUGCUUGAAGUUCAUCGCUCCAAAAUACAUUCCCUGCUGAAGCAGGCGCAGCAGAUAGGCCUGAUGACGGCCUAUCACCACUACUUCAUCACUUCUUUGGACCUGCACACUGUGGACCUGGAAGACUUCAAAUACUCUGGCACCAACACCACAGCUCUGCGUCUCAUUAACCUCAGUGACGGAACUCUGCAGCAAAUUCUGCGCGAUUGGUCUGCUGAUCUCGACGACUCUGGGAAUAUUUUCGGUGGUGAAAUCGUGUCGACGGAACUGGCGCUGGUGUACGACGCGGUGCAGCUGUUCGCCAGAGCGCUCAGCGACCUCGACAAGACGCGGGCCAUCGAAGUGCUGCCGCUCAACUGCUCCAAGGAGCAA